AUGGAUUGGGUGGAUCCUCUUCCCAUAUUUUUCCUGCUGGUCCUUACGGUGACUCUUCUUUGGAAAAUGGGCAGUUUCUGGAAUGGCAACGGCCAAAAUUUCCCCCCAGGACCAAGACCAUUACCACUUAUUGGAAGUCUCCACCUCCUGGAUCUGAAGAGGCCGCACAUAACCAUGUGCAAGUUAUCCAAGCAGUAUGGGCCUGUGUUCAGCAUUCAAAUGGGAGCUCAGAAAAUGGUAGUGCUGACAGGGUAUGAGACUGUAAUGGAGGCUUUGGUGAACCAGGCCGAUGCUUUUGCUGGGAGGCCCUUCAUCCCAAUAUUUGAAGAAACUCUGAAGGGUAUUAUUUUCGCUAAUGGUGAGAACUGGAGAGUGAUGCGGCGGUUUGCGUUAUCUACCUUACGAGACUAUGGAAUGGGCAAGAGAACCACCGAGGACAGGAUUCUUGAGGAGUGUGGUUUCCUGAUAAAGAGAUUUGAAUCUUAUGAAGGAAAACCAUUUGAGAACACUACAAUUUUGAAUCAUGCAGUUUCCAAUAUUAUAGUAUCAAUAUUACUUGGCAAACGAUUCGAAUAUGAAAAUCCCGCAUUUAUCAGACUGCUGAACUUGAUCAGUGCAAAUAUUCAGCUUUUGGCAAGCCCCUCAGUCCAGCUGUAUAACAUGUUUCCUGCUCUGGGCUUCCUUUUUGGGACUCGCAAGACUGUCCUGAAUAACACAAAUGAACUGCAAGCCUUCAUACAGGCCACCUUCAUAGAGCACCUGAAGGACCUGGAUGAGAACGACCAAAGAAGCUUCAUUGAUUCUUUCCUUAUUCGGCAACAAGAGGAGAAGAACAAGUCUAAUGGGUAUUUCCAUAAUGAAAACCUUAAGGCAGUGGUAGGUAACUUAUUCGGUGCUGGCACGGAGACCACGUCAACAACACUACGCUGGGGGCUAUUGUUAAUGAUGAAGUACCCAGAAAUUCAGAAUAAAGUCCAAGAAGAAAUCGCACAAGUGAUUGGGUCUGCUCAGCCACGGACGGAACACCGUCCAAAAAUGCCAUACACGGAUGCAGUAAUCCAUGAAAUUCAGAGGUUUUCAAAUAUUAUCCCAAUGAAUAAGCCACGUGCAACUACUAUGGAUGUCACUUUUAAAGGCUACUCCAUUCCCAAGGGAACUUUUAUCCUCCCAUUGCUGACCUCUGUGCUGCAAGAUGAAACUCAAUGGGAGAAACCACAUGAAUUCUACCCAGAGCACUUUUUGGACUCUGAUGGAAAGUUUAUAAAGAGAGACGCAUUCAUGCCUUUCUCUGCAGGUCGAAGAAUGUGUGCAGGGGAAACCCUGGCCAAAAUGGAGCUCUUCUUGUUCUUUACAAUUCUUCUCCAGAGAUUCACUUUCCAGCCUGCCCCUGGAUUGUCUAAAGAAGACCUGGACUUGACACCCCUGGUUGGGUUGACGGCACCUCCAGUACUUUACAAGUGCUGUGCUUUGUCACGCUCUUAACAUUCAGCUCACUAUCUUGCUUAGCUUCUGUGUGUGCAUUCUCAGUCUUUCCCACACUUUUUUGCCUGUUGAAGAUCUUUCUGGGCAAUAACCUCAGAGGAAUCCGCUCAUAGGGUUAGAUCCAGCCAGCUCUUCCCUCCAAGUCCCUUUGUUACUAUAUUUUGUCCAUGUAGGCCCCAUGAUCCCCAACAUAGCCUUCUGGGUGCUCAGAAUGGGCCCCCUUUAUACCAGCUCAAAAGCUGGUUGGGUGCAAACCAUAGACUCCACCUUUAGAAUCCUCCCUGCUAAUCUGCCAAACCUCAUAAUGUAGCUCUGAGAUAUUGCUGAACUCAAAAGUUGGAUAUCAUUAAGAUGUCAUUUUGACCUCAGCUCCUCUUUGUUUCAUUGUACGUUGAAAAAGUGA